GCGGGGCUAGGGGCGGAAGUGGGUGUAACGGGGACGGAAGCCGAGGAGGGACGCACGCAGACACAAAACACAGGCAGGGGAAGCGGCGCCGGGCCGCAGGGAUGAUUCCCCCGCAGGAGGCGUCCGCCCGGCGGCGGGAAAUCGAGGACAAGCUGAAGCAGGAGGAGGAGACGCUGUCCUUCAUCCGAGACAGCCUGGAGAAGAGCGACCAGCUCACCAGGAACAUGGUGUCCAUCCUGUCAUCCUUUGAGAGCCGCCUGAUGAAGCUGGAGAACUCCAUCAUCCCCGUGCACAAGCAGACAGAGAACCUGCAGCGGCUGCAGGAGAACGUGGAGAAGACUCUGUCCUGCCUGGACCACGUCAUCAGCUACUACCAUGUGGCCAGUGACACCGAGAAGGUCAUCAGGGAGGGCCCCACAGGGAGGCUGGACGAGUACCUGGGAAGCAUGGCCAAGAUUCAGAAGGCUGUGGAGUAUUUCCAGGACAACAGCCCAGACAGCCCAGAGCUCAACAAAGUGAAGCUGCUGUUCGAGCGGGGGAAGGAGUCCCUGGAGUCGGAGUUCCGCAGCCUGAUGACUCGGCACAGUAAGGUGGUCUCCCCUGUGCUCAUCCUGGACCUGAUCGGUGGGGAGGAGGAGCUGGAGAUCCAGGAGGAGGUGCCCCUGGAGCACCUGCCGGAGGGCGUGCUCCUGGACGUGAUCCGCAUCUCCCGCUGGCUGGUGGAAUUCGGCCACAACCAAGAUUUCAUGAACGUCUACUACCAGAUCCGCUCCAGCCAGCUGGACCGCUCCAUCAAGGGCCUGAAGGAGCAUUUCCGGAAGAACAGCUCUGCCUCUGGGGUUCCCUACUCCCCUGCCAUCCCCAACAAGAGGAAAGACACGCCCACCAAGAAGCCCAUCAAGCGGCCAGGGACGAUCCGUAAGGCUCAGAACCUUCUGAAACAGUAUUCCCAGCAUGGUCUAGAUGGGAAAAAGGGGGGCUCUAACCUCAUUCCUCUGGAAGGUCACCAGCAUGAUUUCCGAGUUAAGCACCUGUCCGAGGCCCUGAACGACAAGCACGGGCCGCUGGCCGGUGAGUACGCAGCCCAGCCCAGCCCAGCCCGCGGGCAGCCGCCGCUGCCUUCCCAGCAGCCACCAGAGGGCCCAGAGGAUGGGCCAGACCUGUCGCUCUCUCCUUCCAUCUCGCUCCAGGACUUCUCUCUCUCAGAGACCAGCUCCUCAGCCACCAGCUACAGCUCCGAGUUCAGCAGGCGCCUCCUGAGCACCUACAUCUGUAAAGUCCUGGGGAACCUGCAGCUGAACUUGCUGAGCAAGUCCAAGGUGUAUGAGGACCCAGCUCUGAGCGCCAUCUUCCUGCACAACAACUACAACUACAUCCUCAAGGCCCUGGAGAAGUCGGAGCUGAUCCAGCUGGUGGCUGUGACCCAGAAGACUGCCGAGCGCUCCUACCGGGAGCACAUCGAGCAGCAGAUCCAGACCUACCAGCGCAGCUGGUUAAAGGUGACCGACUACAUCACUGAGAAGAAUCUACCUGUGUUCCAGCCGGGAGUCAAGCUCCGGGACAAGGAGCGGCAGGUGAUCAAGGAGCGGUUUAAGGGCUUCAAUGACGGCCUGGAAGAAUUGUGCAAGAUCCAGAAGGCCUGGGCCAUCCCCGACACAGAACAGCGGGACAAGAUCCGCCAAGCUCAGAAGCACAUCGUCAAGGAGACCUACGGGGCCUUUCUGCACAGGUACGGCAGCGUGCCCUUCACCAAGAACCCUGAGAAGUACAUCAAGUACCACGUGGAGCAGGUGGGCGACAUGAUCGACCGCCUCUUUGACACCUCCGCCUGAGCCUGCGCGCUCCCUGCCCGGCGGCACCAGGCAGCGUGGUGUUGGACACAUAAACCGUGUUAACUUGCCUCUGG